GUAACUCCGUGUGUACCUUUAGUCUGUACCGUGUAAUGUCAGAAUGUCACACACUAAUGUCAGGUUAUUAGUACAGUUAAAAGUUAACCAUUUAAUUAAAUUUAUCAACAAAAGCACUUAAAUUUCUCAGCCAGUUAAUUACACCUAUAAAGUAACCUGAUCGAGAUAACAAGUUAAUGACUUUAAUAAUAUCAUGCUGACUAAUAUUAACAAUUGUCUUAUUGUUUUACUUUCAAUUAUUGCCUCCAAUAGAGUAAUACUUAUUUAUAACCUCAUACAAAAGUAAUUUUAUAAUAUUUGGUUAUUUAUUUACUUUUGUUUAUUACCACAUCUGUGAUCCUAUAAUAAUUAUCAGUGUAUAUAUUUUUCAUAAAGAAAAUGGUUAAAAAUGGUCAGCAUGAAACAGAUAAAUCAAGCGGGGAUUACGAUCAUGAAGAUCACGGAAUGUCCCAUGAUUCGGAAUACGAUGAUGAUCUCGGAGUACCAGACUCCCUGGAGAUAACGGUCGCAGAUAACGAACGUCAAUCAACUGAUGAUAAUAAAAUUAGAAAUAACGAUAAUGAUGAUGGUGCUGAUGAUGAGAGUAACGAAAGAAAUAAAGAAGGAAUAGGACAAGUAAAUGUACUGCCGUUCAAUGCAAUUCAUGCACCGGCGGUUAAAUUCAAAUCGCAGAAACAUAACGUAUUUAUACCGGGGGAAGACAUACACGUGAGGAUAAUCGAUAAUGAACGGAGCGUAACCACGCAUUUAUUGAAUCCGAAUUUGUAUACUAUUGAGUUUCGACAUGGACCAUUUGUCUGGACUGUCAAAAAACGUUACAAGCAUAUUCAAAAUUUGCACAAUCAACUGAAAAUAUUUCGCGCCAGUUUGACUAUUCCGUUUCCUACGAAAAGCCACAGGAGCAGAAGGAAUAGUUUGAAGAAUAUGGAUGACAGUAAACUUAAAAAUAAACCCAGAGGUGCAUUACCGAGAUUCCCCAACAAACCGGACGGUCUUGUGCCUUACGAGUGUCUUGAGCACCGAAUGAAAGUACUCGAAGACUACCUGAGUAAUUUGUUGAAAAUAGAAAUUUAUAAACGUCAUCCAGAGACGAUAAGUUUUAUGGAAUUAUCGCAUCUUUCGUUUAUUGGUGAUCUGGGCGAUAAGGGCAAAGAGUCAAUAAUAUUAAAACGUACGGGUUCGGGUUCAAAAGCCGGUUGUAAUUUUUGUGGUCUUUUAAAAAGUAUAAGUUGUAUUCACUGCAGUCAUUUUUGUACAUCACUCUGCGGUAAAUGGCAUUCACGUCAUUUUGUUGUUAAAGAUACAUUUAUCGCUUACAUAAGACCUAAAGACGGUAGAAUACACUCUGUAAUUUUGAUGGAUAAUUGUUUUGAAGUUAGUUCUGGAUUGUAUGCCACUGGCUCACGAAAUGGUUUGCAAAUUAUUAACUCGAGUCGGCAUAUUGUUAUUGAGUGUUGGACAAGGAGAAAAGCCAAAGAGUGGCUGGAGUUUAUUCAAAAUGUUGCUAAUAAUCAGGGGAAAUGUUUUAUUCAGCAAAAUCCUCACCGAUCUUUCGCACCGUACCGUUCACCAACACCAGCCGCCUGGUUUAUCGACGGUUCCAGUUACAUGUCAGCGGUUGCGGACGCGUUAGAAAGUGCAAGUGAAGAAAUUUUUAUCGCUGACUGGUGGAUAUCACCGGAAAUAUAUAUGAAGAGACCGAUGAUUGACGGCGAUUAUUGGCGAUUAGAUAAAAUUUUACAGCGUAAAGCCAUGGCUGGUAUUAAAAUAUUUGUGAUGAUUUACAAAGAAGUUGAAUUAGCCUUGGGAAUAAAUAGUUAUUACAGUAAGCAACGUUUAGUUUCUUUGUGUCCAGAAAAUAUUAAAGUAUUUAGGCACCCAGACCAUGCGAGAGUUGGAGUAUUUUUGUGGGCUCAUCAUGAGAAAAUAGUUGUAGUGGACCAAAAGCUGGCAUUUAUUGGUGGGAUUGAUCUUUGCUACGGACGAUGGGAUACUAAUGAGCACAGAUUAACGGACCUGGGUUCAGUUCACCAGUCGAGUAUCUACAUACCCACCAAAGGGAGAGUGACAACCACCAGCAGCAAACGUACUGUUGAAAUUAGAGCUAAUAAGCAUGUGGUACUUCCUCUAGCAAUAGCUACCAAUACAAUAGCAAUGGCCAUUAGCGGAUUUCUUCCGAUAAUUCCAAGACCCAGUAAAACUCUUUCAUCGCCACGAACCCCUCAGAGUACUGCAGCUAUCAAUCCGGGAUUUUUAUCUCCGCCAGAUGAUUCAAAUACUGAGAGAUUCAAAUGCAAUACACCCGACCCACAGAAAAAAAAUAUACUGGACAUGGCCAAGACGACAGUGGAUCGAGUCAAGCAGAAUGUUAAAAUAAAACGUCAGGAAUUAAUUAAUAUGGUUUAUAAUCCACAUGAAUUAGAUGAUAGCAGUGAUGAUGAUGGUGGUGAUCAGGUCGACAGGGCGGUGAUUCACGAACCCGUUGACUUGGAGGGAGUUUUGAAAAAUAAUGCGGACAUACUAUCGGGUCUUCCGGGUGCAGCUAAACUGUGGCUCGGUAAAGACUACACUAAUUUUAUUGUCAAAGACUUUGAUAAUCUCGAAAGCCCGUAUCAAGAUCUCGUUGACAGGAGCACGACUCCGCGGAUGCCUUGGCAUGAUAUAGGAGUUAUGGUUCAAGGCGCGUCUGCGCGGGAUAUCGCUCGACACUUUAUUCAACGUUGGAAUGCCAUUAAAUUAGAAAAAGCUAAAUUGAGUUCAACUUACCCAUUUCUACUGCCAAAAUCCUACAAAGACUGCUCCAGUAAUGCUCCUUUUAUUCCUGACAGCUCCAUACACAAUGUCAAGUGUCAAGUAUUGCGAUCCGUGAGCUCCUGGUCCGCUGGAUUCCUCGAGUCGGACACUGUGGAACAGAGUAUUCAUGAAGCCUACAUCGAAGCAAUAACGAAUUCCGAAAAAUUUAUUUACAUAGAAAAUCAAUUUUUCAUAACUCUCGCGACUAUGGAUAAACACGUGGUGAGAAAUAGGAUAGGCGAGACUUUACUAAAGAGAAUUUUACGUGCACACAGAGAGGGUGCGGUUUUUAGAGUAUUUGUGGUGAUGCCUCUACUGCCGGGAUUUGAAGGUGAAGUUGGCGGUCCAACUGGUACAGCUUUGCAUGCAAUAACUCACUGGAAUUAUGCCUCAAUAUCACGAGGAAAUGAUGCCAUAAUUAAUAGAUUAAUUGCAGCGGGUGUUGAUAAUCCCAGUGAGUACAUUACUUUUCAUGGGUUAAGAACACACUCAUUACUCAACGGUACGAUGGUAACAGAAUUAAUUUACGUACACAGUAAACUGAUGAUUGUUGAUGAUAAAACUGUAAUUUGUGGAUCAGCGAAUAUAAAUGAUCGUAGUAUGAUUGCGAGGAGAGACAGCGAAAUAGCUGUCAUCAUUCAUGAUUUGGAAUUCCAAGAGGGAAAAAUGAAUUCGGCGCCUUAUCCAUGCGGUAAAUUUUCAGGUUCACUGCGUAAGCAACUUUUCCGUGAACAUUUAGGAUUGCUCUGGUCAUCUGAAAAUAUAAAUGUCGAUGAUAUUAUCAAGGAAUCUUUUUACUGGGAAAUUUGGAAAAAAGUAAGCUCGGAAAAUACAGAAAUAUUCGAACAAGUAUUUCGCUGUAUUCCUUCUAAUGAAGUUACUGACUUUAAAACAUUGAAUUUUUAUCUACAACAAGUGCCUCUGAGUACUUCUGAUCAUAUGACAGCACAAGAAAUGUUGAUGAACGUACGUGGACAGUUAGUUGAUUUACCAUUAGAUUUUUUAAAAGACGAAACAUUAACUCCAGCUGCUGGUACAGUUGAAGGAAUAAUGCCUACGUCUUUGUGGACUUGAUUUAUAUUAAAUAUCGUUAUUUUUUUUUUUUUUUUUACUACAGUAUUAUGUAAAUUUUUUUAAAAAACUGAAACCAGCGGUUGCAUUUUUUUAAUAUACGACUGGUACGCAUAUUUUGCAUUGUUUUUUUUUUUUUAAUAAUCAAUGUCCUGUUAUUUUAUAUAAAACAUAUACAAUUGUACAAAGAUAUACAUAUUUAUAUGAAUUUAAAGCUACUGAUAAUUGCUUAGUAGUUAAAUUGUUAAAUAAAUGUAUUUAUUUUUGGAGAAA